CGUGUUGUAAAAAUGCCGAAAAUUAAGGGCAAGGCUUGGACAUUUUUUAAUACUCAUGAACAGGCAGGUGUAAUAUGCAAAUAUUGCAAUCAACGGUAUAAACACGGCAAUGUUAAUAAAAUGACAACUCACAUUGUUAAAAACUGUAUUAAGUGCCCACAACAUUUAAAAAAUAUUUUAAAAAACCCUAGUUUGGUGAAAUAUAUAGAUCAAUCGGUAGUAACUUGGCAAGAAAAUAAUCCAGUGAGUGUUGUGCCUGGAUCUAGUUCUUUUGAAAGCCCUGGAAGUUCUAUGUCAACAUUAUCUUCAUCAUCAGCAAUUACACCGUUUUUCGAUACUAUGGAUCCUGCGACAAAUGAAAUGCUCAAUCAACGUCUGGCAAAAGCUGUUUUCAUCAGCGGUGCGCCAUUCUCGUUAGUAGAACAUCCAUUAUGGAUCGAGUUUUUUAAAGCUAUUCGCCCCGCAUUCGUGCCUCCUUCCCGAAAUCGUUUAGCAAGAACAUAUUUAGAAUCACAGUAUGUCGAAAUGAAAAAUAAUGUUAAUUCUACAGUUAAUAAUUGUAAGCACCUACAUUUACAAUGUGAUGGUUGGUCUAAUCUGCGCAACGAACCCAUUAUAAAUUUUUUAAUAUCUACCCCCGCUCCACUUUUUGUUGAUUUUGUUUUUUCGGGGGAAAGGCGAUAUACAGCAACAUAUUUGUACAAACAAAUAGAAACAGUAAUGAAAAAGUAG